AUGCCUUGAGCCCCAAAGCAUUGGCACUACAUGCUUGAGGAAGACCUUCAGGCCCAAAUGGAGAAACAGGCCCUUAUGGAUGCCCAGGUUUCCACAGCUGUGGAUGAGGAGGAUACUUCCUCUUCCUCCUCCACUUGCUCCUCCUCUUUCCCCGGCUCCUCUUCCUCCACUUCCUCCCCUUGCUAUCCUCUACUGUUGAGUUCCCCAGAGGAAGAUUUUGGUUAUGAUGCGUUACUAAGUCCUUCCCAGAGUCCUUCAACAGCCUCGUCCUCCCACACUGCCAUGACCUCUACUCCAUGCAGCCAAUCUGAUGUCUCCAGCCAAGGAGAAGAAGGUCCAAGUACCUCCCAAUCCCUGACAGGUAGUAAGUCCUUGUCUAGAAGUGAGAUAGAUGAAAAGGUGAAUGAUUUGGUAGAAUUCCUGCUCCUGAAGUAUCGAAUGAAAGAGCUGACUACAAAGGCAGAAAUGCUGAAUAGUGUCAAAAAUUACCAGGAGCACUUCCCUGUGAUCUUCAGUGAGGCUUCUGAGUGCAUGCAGCUUGUCUUUGGCAUUGACCUGAAGGAAGUGGAUCCCUCGAGUCACUCCUAUGUCCUUGUGACUACCCUUGGCCUCACCUAUGAUGGGAUGCUGAGUGAAGUUCAGGGCAUGCCCAAGGCUGGCCUCCUGGUACUUAUACUGAGCAUUAUAUUCAUGGAGGGCAACUGUGCCUCUGAGGAGGUAGUUUGGGAAGCACUGAGUGUUAUGGGGGUGUGUGCUGGGAGGGAAAACUUCAUCUAUGGGGAUCCCAAGAAGCUUAUCACCCACGAUUGGGUGCAGGAAGAGUACCUUGUGUAUCGGCAGGUGCCUAACAGUGAUCCUGCUCACUAUGAGUUUCUGUGGGGCCCAAGGGCCCACAAUGAAACUAGUAAAAUGAGUCUCUUGGAAUUUUUGGCUAAGGUCAAUGGGAGUGAUCCCAGAGCCUUCCCGGUAUGGUAUGAGGAGGCUUUGAGAGAUGAGGAAGAGAAAGCUCAGGCCAGAGUUGCCACAACAGAUGAUGCUACUACCCCAGCCAGUGCAAGUUUUAGUGCCACUAGCCGUUCUUUAUGCCCAAAGUAA